AUGUCGCAAGCUGAAUUUGAUAAAGCUGCUGAAGACGUCAAAAAUUUAAGCAAAAAACCAACUGAUGAUGAAUUAUUAAAACUCUAUGGUCUUUUUAAACAAGCAAAUUUUGGUGAUAACAAUACAGAUAAGCCAGGCAUGUUUGAUCUCAAAGGCAAAUACAAAUGGGAUGCUUGGGAUGCUAAUAAAGGCAAAAGUAAAGAAACUGCUCGACAAGAAUAUAUUGCGCUUGCUGAACAACUCAAAGCUAAACAAUAA